AUGGCCAUGAUCUUGAUAACUGUCCUCCACCUUACUGUUGGACAUCAGAUUGCAUCCUUAUUCCAGGGUAAAGCCCUCCAGCAUUUCCGUCUCUACUCGGGAUUGAGCAUCUCCCAAGGACCAACUGACGCUUCCGUUUCCGGUCCCUGGGGAGGGCCGGAAAAGAACCAGGAGGAGAAGAGACCCAAGCUGGCCCUGCUGCCCCGCACCACGGCCCUGGCCUCCGCCCUGGCCGAGCUACAGGCAGAGGCCCGAUGCCCGCUUUGCCAGGGGCCCCUGCGCGCGCUCCUGACCCUGGACUGCGGCCACAACUGCUGCGGCUCGUGCCUCCGGCUUCGCUGGCAGCACCUGCAGGAGCCCCUGCCCUGCCCCGUGUGCCAGCAUCCCUGUCCCCGCAAGCCCCGCGGGCCCAACAGGCAGCUGGCGCUGCUGGCCGACCUGAUCAGCCGGCUGCCCUGCUCGAGGCUGGAGGGACACGCGCAGGAGACCCUAAGCCGCUGUGCCACGCACCAGCAGGCCCUGAGCCUCUUCUGCGAUGACCACCUGGAGCUGCUGUGUGGCCAGUGUGCCGCCUCUGCUGCCCACCGCGGCCACCGCCUCAUGCCCAUCGGUCCCGCGGCUGCUCAUCACAGGACAAAGCUCGAGGGCUACCUGGAACUUCUGUGCAAGCAGCUGCAGGAGGCGCGGAGGGCCUGGGAACGGCAAGACACGGAGAGACAGGAGUGGAGAGAGAAGGUGGCAAAGCAGAUCAGUGAUUUAAAAUCUGAAUUAGAACAACUGAAAUAUUUCUUGAGAGCAGAGCAGGACUUCAUUAACAACAGGCUACUAAGGGAGAUGAGGAGAGUAUCCCAGACAUUCCUAAAAUACCACUGCCUGUUGUCCAACUACCGCUCCACCUUACAGCGUCUGGUGACUAGCAUGACCGGGCUGUGUCUGCAGCCAGACCUGGGCCUGCUCAGUGGGCUCAGGGUCGUGCACCAGGACUGGAACAAGUGUAUGAGCACUGAGGUCCCUCCAGCCUUCUCCUACCAGUAUAUUGAGCCAACUCGGACCUUUCCCCCACAUCACAUUGGCCUGCACAACAUAAUGAGCAAGUUCCAGAUGGAUUUCACCCUGGACCCAGAAACCGCUCACCCCAAUCUGAUCAUCUCUUCGGACAGGAAAACUCUCAGUUGCCACCAGGGAAGCAUAGAGACCACCUGGGACCCUCACCCCAGGGCAUUCAUCUCCCAGGAAGCAGUCCUGGGUGUGGAAGGGUUCCAAGGCGGCAGGCACUUCUGGCAGGUGGAAAUCCGAGGCUUGGGGGUGUGGGCUCUGGGUGUGUGCGAGGAAUCCUUCCCCAGAAACGUGCCCAUGACACCUGCCCCAUCUGACGGCCUCUGGCAGCUUCAGCAGUUCACUGGCCUUCAGCUCGACUCACGCCAAGCACAAUGUCGUGUUGGUGUGUUUCUGGACUUUGAGUUGGGAGAAGUUUCCUUCUACAAUUUGGACAAGAGGUCCCACAUCUGUACCCUCACUGGAACCUUCGCAGGAAAGCUCCUGCCCUAUUUCUGUCUUAGAUCCUCAUCCUUGGCCUUUUCUAUGACUGUUGUCAGCAAUGAAUGA